UCUCUUUUAGGUAUAUAGAGAAAGAAAGGAGGGGUAUAGGAUGGUGUUCGGUCAAGUUGUUAUUGGACCGCCGGGAUCAGGGAAGACUACCUACUGCAAUGGCAUGUCACAGUUCCUCAAACUCAUUGGGAGGAAAGUUGCUGUCAUCAAUUUGGAUCCUGCAAAUGAUGCAUUGCCAUAUGAAUGUGCUGUCAAUAUCGAGGAUCUUGUGAAACUCAGUGAUGUGAUGAUUGAGCAUUCUCUUGGCCCCAAUGGAGGUUUAGUUUAUUGUAUGGAUUACUUGGAGAAGAACAUUGACUGGCUAGAAUCUAAAUUGGAGCCUCUUCUCAAAGAUCACUAUCUUCUUUUUGAUUUUCCUGGCCAAGUGGAACUUUUCUUCCUUCACUCAAAUGCCAAGAAUGUUAUCGAUAAGCUUAUAAAGAAGUUGAACCUUAGGUUGACUGCUAUACUUCUAGUUGAUGCCCACCUGUGCAGUGAUCCUGGUAAAUAUGUGAGUGCUCUGCUUCUCUCUCUAUCAACCAUGUUACAUUUGGAACUGCCACAUAUUAACGUGCUGUCCAAGAUUGAUCUCAUAGAGAGUUACGGAAAGCUAGCUUUUAACCUUGACUUCUAUACGGAUGUCCAAGAUUUAUCUUAUCUACAAUCCCAUCUUGAUCAAGAUCCUCGUUCUGCCAAGUACAGGAAGCUCACUAAGGAAUUGUGUGAAGUUAUAGAAGACUAUAGUCUGGUCAAUUUUACAACCUUAGAUAUCCAGGACAAAGAGAGUGUAGGGAAUCUAGUGAAGCUAGUAGACAAGAGCAACGGAUAUAUAUUCGCUGGAAUAGAAGGAAGUGCCAUUGAGUUUAGCAAAAUUGCGGCAGGUCCUCUUGAUUGGGAUUAUUACAGAGUGGCAGCAGUGCAAGAGAAGUAUAUGAAGGAUGAUGAAAAUUUGGAUAUUGGUGAUUAAUGAAGAAAAAUCGUCAGGAGGAUCCCUACCCAAGGUAGUCAAUUUCAAAAGCUCACAGACGAUGGUUUGGGGAUGAUAUAGUAGUUGUGUUUGAAAUAUAAAAAUGGCAUGAUCGUUCAAGAAGAUUUCCUUGUGUAAACUGAUGAGAUGGAUAAUCCCUUAGCAAUAGUAACCCUUUGCUGAUCCCAGGCCUCUCUUGUUCUCUUUUCC